AUGACUGAAUUCGUUCAAUCAAUUAAUCAAGGAAUUCCGAAUCUUCAACUUGGAUCAAUGAAUGAUAUAGAUAAUUUUGAUAUAGAUCGAUUAAAUAGUUCAUUAAAAUAUGAUGAUAAUCAUAUUUCUCAACCUAUCAUUGAAAAUAAUAAAGAAACAAAAAAAUUGAAGAAAAAAAAAGAAAAAGAACAACAAUCUCAAUCGAACAAAAAAAUAAUCAAUAUGCAACCUGUUCAGAAAUCUAAAGCACGAAUUAUUUUAUUAGAUGAUACUGAAGAAUAUGUUGCUUUGAAUAAAGAGGAUACGGGUAAAAUGUUAUAUACUCGUGUAUGUGAUUUAAUACGUUUAGAAGAAAAGGAUUAUUUCGGUUUAAAUUUUAUUGAUAAUGAAAAUAAUAAAUGUUGGCUUAAUAAUGAUAAAUAUGUUAAAAGCCAAUUGAAAGGUAUUCAUGCAAUAUUUUAUUUACAAGUUAAAUUUUAUCCACCAGAACCAAUUUUACUUCAAGAAGAUAUUACGAGAUAUCAAUUAUGUCUUCAACUUCGACAAGAUAUUCUUUCCGGAAAAUUACCUUGCUCAUUUGUUACUUAUGCUCUAUUGGGUUCAUAUACAGCUCAGGCUGAAUUAGGAGAUUAUAGUGAAUCGGAUCAUGGAAUAACAUAUGAUUAUCUUAAAGAUCUUCAAUUUGCGCCUGUACAAGAUGAUGAAUUAUUAAAACGUAUUCAUGAACAACAUAGACGACAUAAAGGACAACCACCCAAUGCAGCUGAUUUACAUUUUCUUGAAAAUGCAAAAAAAUUAGCUAUGUAUGGUGUUGACAUUCAUUCUGCAGAAGAUUCGGAAAAUGUUGAUAUUAAUAUUGGUGUUUCAGCUAAUGGAAUAUUAAUUUAUCGUGACAAAUUACGUAUAAAUCGUUUUGCCUGGCCGAAAAUAUUAAAAAUAUCUUAUAAACGAAAAUACUUUUUUAUUAAACUACGACCAAGUGAUUUUGAUCGAUACGAAAGUACUAUUGGUUUUAAACUACCAACAUAUCGUGCAGCGAAAGCUCUAUGGAAAAUUGCUGUUGAACAUCAUGCUUUUUUUCGACUUCGUCGACCAGAAGAAAUUCGCAAACGACCUGUCUUACCAAGAUUUAAUUCAACAUUUCGUUACACAGGAACAUAUACAUAUCAUCAAACUCGACAAUUAUUACUUGACAGACCUAAUCCUGAUUUUGAACGAUCAUUAAGCAAACGAAUGUCAAAAAGUCUCAAUAUUUCUACAGGUGAAACUAAUCGACCAUUACCACAUCCGCAAACCAUUGAACCAUUUUUUCAAACACAUCAGAUAUCGAUUCCUGAGAAAGAUGAAGAUGAAGACACACCAACACCGGAAUAUGC